AUGAAAAUAAACAUUGUGAAAUCGAUGAAGGAAGAUUUUAAAGUAUUUUAUAAUGUAAUAUCAGUGUUUUGAUAACUGUAGUAGUAUAAUAACAAGUAGCAGAAACAAAAGAACUGAAUAUGUCAAUGAGAGAUGUGAAAUUAUGUUUACUAGGGGAUUCUGGUGUGGGUAAAUCCAGUCUUGUGAUGAGGUUCGUCACAGAUUCGUUUAAACCAGCACUAGAGAGUACAAUAGGGGCUUCCUUUAUGACAAAGACGUUACUAGUGGAGGGAAAUACUUAUAAAUUUCAGAUCUGGGACACGGCUGGUCAAGAAAAGUAUCGCGCUCUAGCUCCGAUGUAUUACAGAGGUGCUGCAGCGGCUAUAAUAGCUUAUGAUGUCACUAGAGAGGCAACAUAUAAAUCUGUUAAAAGCUGGGUUCAAGAAUUACGUCAUCAAGGUGCUCCAAAUAUAGUCAUAGCCAUCGCUGGUAAUAAAUGUGACCUUGAUGACCUUCGCGAAGUACGAGAGAAAGAUGCAGAAGAUUAUGCUAAGGAGAUCAAUGCUAUAUUUUGUGAAACCAGUGCGUUAACGGCAAUCAAUGUAGCUGAUUUAUUUUAUAAAAUAUCGGAGAGAUUACCAUGUGAAGAUUACUCAUCUGCGGCUAAACUUGGUAGCACUGUCAAUCUACGAAACAGAAAAGACGUAAAAAAAGACAAAAAAUGUUGCGGAUCCUGAUGCUAGGUUUUUGAUUUAAGAUUAGAAAUUUUUUAACAAAUCAAAACAGUCUGAUUGUGGCACGGAUCUUCUUUGGUUUCGUUUUUAUAAACUUCAAAAUUUUGUUUAAUAGGCCUUUGUAUGAUAGGCCUUUGUGUAAUACAUGUAGGCCUUUGUUUUAAAGGCCUUUGUAUAAUAGUUCUUUGUUUAAUAGACCUGUCUACCGUAGGCCUUUGUAUGAUAGGUCUUUGUUUUAAAGGCCUUUGUAUAAUAGGUCUUUGUUUAACAGGUCUUUAUAUAAUAUGUCUUUGUUUAAAAAGGCCUUUGUUUAAUAGGCCUUUGUAUAAUAGGCCUUUGUUUAAUAGGUCUUUGUAUAAUAAGCCUUUGUUUAAUAGACCUGUCGACUGUAGACCUUUGUUUAAAAGGUCUUUUUUUAAUUGACCUUUCUAAGGUCGACAAUUGUUUAAUAGGUCUUUGUUUUAAAGGUCUUUGUUUGUAUGAUAGGCCUAAAUUUUGACACAAAAGCCGUUUUUUAGAAAACGAAUGACAAAUUAGAUCUGUAGUUUUAUCAGACUGGUAAUAAAAGACAAACCUAAAUGUAAAGAUGCAUUAUGUAAGAUUUAGAUACAGAGCUGGACGUUCUGGAUAUAAUAGUUCCAAAAUAGAUAAUUAAAAAAUUAAUAUAUUGAAAAUUUCAUUCAGAUUACUUUAUUCUGAGCCAAGAUAUCAUUGUUUGAAGUUUUAACAAGAUGUGGUAAAUAUUGUUUAUUACCAUAGCAACGUUACUUGUUAAUUGAGACUCUGCCUCACUUCUCCAUUUUUAAAUUAAAACUUUAAAUGGCGAUCGCAAUACGGUUUAAAUGUGUGCCAUCGGAUGAUAUAGAGAGUUGGUUAUAAGCUUGUCAUGUUAAAAAAUGUCUAAAUAAUAAUUUAUGUAACAUUUGAAGCCAAAAUAAAAGUCUGCAAUAGACAGAUUUAGCUCUUACAUAAUGCAUCCUUAUAAAACUUACAAACUAAAAACUUGCGAUAAUAUU